AUUAAGACCAAACCUAACCUUGUAAUCUUCCUUACUCAAUACUCACACAACAAUACGAUCUAAUAUGGUAUUGGAACCUGGAUUAAGUUGGCUAAGGUUAAUUAUUUGUAUUGGAUUCUACGUCGGACAGUUCAGCUCCGUAUCCUCUCAUAGCUCAGAACCAGGACUAAACAAUAUUCAACCUAACUCAGAGAACAAGCAUCCGGUCUUUACAAGUGAUGAUAUGCUUGAAGUUCCGGCAGAAAAGGGAGAGGUUUCCUUCCCUACUCCGGCAGUACCCGGAGAAAAGGCGGAACCUGAUGAGGAACCAACCAGGGUUACAGAGUUCUACUCAGCUUAUAUCAAUGUUAGUUAUAUCCAGCAGAACCAACAGCUUCUGCACACUGAAAGAAAACAAGGAAAAGAAAUGUUAGAAGUGCCGCAAUAUAUAGUUAGGAAGGAGGUUGGAAGGUUUAGUAGUGGUGGAGCUCAAUAUGCUGCCGGAGUAGCAACUAAACUUCAAUCUAAGAAUGUGAACCAAAGUAUUGCUGACUACGGUUGUACCCAACCCUUAGCCUACAACAUCUCACAAGAAGGGGUCCCUAUUAUUGCUAUUAUAAACCAUGUCUAUAUCUAG